CGACGUCACGCUUGCGCACUGCGGCUCCGGCGCUGAUGCAAGACAUUUUCGGUGAGGCGGUGUGGGUCUGAUCGAGGAGGACAAAAAAGUGACCGGAUUUCAGACUCUUUUCAUCCCGCAACCAUGUCAGGAGACGAGAUGAUUUUCGAUCCCAACAUGACCAAGAAGAAGAAGAAGAAGAAGAAGCCCUUCAUGCUGGAUGAGGAGGGAGGAGAGGGCGGCGGCGGAGAAGAGACUAAAGAGGUGGAGGCGAAGGAGGUGGAACCAGAGGCCGGAGAUGACAAGGAGAUGGAACUGGAGGAGGACGAAUGCAGGAAGAAAGAGCCAUCCGAUGAUCUGAACGACCUGAACUUCUUCAACCAGAAGAAAAAGAAGAAGAAGCCCAAAAAAGUAUUUGAAAAUGAAGUCGAGGAGGGAUUAAAGGAGCUGAAAAUUGAAGGAGAGCAGACCGAGGUGCCGGAAGAAGACAACCUGGACUUGAUGCUUCCGACCAAAAAGAAAAAACCCAAGAAGGUCGAUUUUGACGAGGGAGAACUACUGGAGAAGGACGAUGCUCUGGACGACGACGACGGAAAGAACAACGAUGGCGUCUCCUUCAGCUCCUGCAUGGGACCUGCUUGGGCCGGCACAGAAAGAGACUACACUUAUGAUGAGCUCCUGAACCGCGUCUUCAACAUUAUGAGGGAGAAGAACCCAGACAUGGUGGCCGGAGAGAAGAGGAAGUUUGUUAUGAAGCCUCCUCAGGUGGUGCGAGUGGGAACCAAGAAAACCUCCUUCGUCAACUUCACAGACAUCUGCAAACUGUUGCAUCGUCAACCUAAACAUCUCCUCGCCUUCCUGUUGGCUGAGCUUGGAACAAGUGGUUCUAUAGACGGAAAUAACCAGCUUGUGAUUAAAGGCCGAUUUCAACAGAAACAGAUAGAAAACGUGUUGAGAAGAUAUAUCAAGGAAUACGUGACGUGUCACACCUGCCGCUCCCCAGAGACCAUCCUGCAGAAAGACACUCGCCUCUAUUUCUUGCAGUGUGAGACCUGCCAUUCCCGCUGCUCAGUCGCCAGCAUCAAGACCGGUUUCCAGGCUGUGACGGGCAAGAGGGCGCAGCUCCGCGCCAAAGCCAACUAAAGGCCAACAAAACAGGGCUCCCCGCUCCUCUCUCUGCCUCCCCUUUCCUCGUCAGAAGGGUGGGAGCUGGGACGGGAUGCCCCUUGAUUUGCUAAAAGGACUCUCUGAAUCGAACUGCGGGAGGGUUUGGCUGUCUGUUAGCUGGGUCAUGGCCUGACCAGGCAGGGAGUGAGAGAGUAUCUGAAGGUGAUGCAUGGGGUUCAGGGUGUUGUAGACAGAUGAUGUUUUACCACAUACACUGUUGGAUUUGAUUUGUUAUCUGGCUGAUAAACCCUCCACCUCCACGGUUUAUUUUCUUCCCAUUUGCUGUGAUUCUUGAUUCCUGCAAGAAAACCCUGAUUCAACUCAUAUUCUUGCGCGUUCAUUCUUGUCCUACCUUGCAUACAACACACGUGAAUACAUUUCUCCAUCUAACCAGCCAAAUUGUAAUUUCUGCAACAACAGUUCACUUCUUUAUGCUUGAGCUCAACAUUGGUUUAUCUGAAAGUUGUGUUUCUGUGCCUGGUCUGGCCCUGAAUCACAAAACUGCCACUCCAGAGUCAAUUUUUGCUGUAGCUUAUCAAAGAUAAAAAUCAAAGUCAUCAGGCUGGAGAACAUACAGAAAUAUGUGUCACAGAUUGUUUUACAGGAGAAAAUUACAAAGUAAAACUUGCAGGGGUGGAUGAUAGCGGGAGCGCCUUCUCACUGAAGACUUGGAGAGACGAAGUAUGUGAGCCAGAAUUUAGAAAGUGUGUUUGAGUGCUUUUGAAUCAUUGAUGAACAGCUGUUUACUUGAUAAUUUCUUUGAUUUCAAAAGUUUAUGAUAACACAAUUUGUCAAACUCUAAAUAUUUGAUUAGAAAGAUGUGAAAAUUUAUAAAAAAUAUUUUUCCCAAUAAGUGCAGAAUUCUUGAGCUAAUGACGGUCUCUGAAAACGAACACGGGUCAUCAUUUUCAAGUGUGAAUCAAGAAGUUCUCAACACAGGCUAGCAAGUAUAUGAAGAGUUUCAGACCAACGAUACUGCUUCUCUUGUUUGGAAAAAAGUGGAUAUGGUCUGACUGGAAUCAUUUUAAAACCUGGUUUUUACAAAAAUAAAAUCUUAUUCUCUCUCUCCA